CACACUCUAAACUGGCAGUGUACACGGACUGGGUCAGGUACCGGCAUUCUCUAUGGUUAUGUAACAUUUCACCUGGCCUGACUAAUAGAAACCAAAUGCAUUCAGAACAGCAAUGACAUACAUGUAGAUGAAGCUGACGACGGGCUCUUACCCAGCCCUGAUUUAUGUAAAUGGACACAAAUAAAGGAAGAAAGCUUGGAUUAUAAAAGGAAGGCACAGGUCACCCAGUUAGCCUCUCCAGGCUCAGGCUUUGAAAAUGAAGGUGCUUUUGCCACUGACCUUUCUGUUUUCUAUUAGUUCUCUAGGUUUGGCAAAAGAUAGGCACUACUACAUAGGAAUCAGAGAAACCACUUGGAACUAUGCUCCAACUGGUAAAAAUAUGCUCAAUGGGAAGCCUAUUUUAGAAGAUCAAGACUAUCAAUCCCAAACAUAUCUACGGCAAGGCCGAGAUAGGAUAGGGCCUGUCUAUAAAAAGGCUUUGUACUUUCAGUAUGCCGAUGACACAUUUCAAGCAAUCAUUGAAAAACCAUCCUGGCUGGGGUUUUUAGGACCAAUAAUUAAGGCAGAGACGGGAGACUUCAUUUACGUACAUGUAAAAAGUUUUGCUUCAAGAAUCUAUGGCUUCCAUCCUCACGGAGUCUCCUACACUAAAGAAAACGAAGGUGCUCUGUAUCCUGAUAAUACUACCGCCCUGCAAAAGAAAGACGACCGUCUGGAGCCAGGGAAACAGUAUACUUACAAAUGGCAUGUGGAAGAAAAUCAGGGCCCCGGCCCCAAUGACAGUAACUGUGUGACGAGGAUUUACCACUCCCAUAUAGUCACUCCAAAAGAUGUGGCUUCGGGACUUAUUGGACCAAUUCUGACUUGUAAAAGAGGCACGCUGGAUGGAGACGUCGAGAAAAAUAUCGACCGGUCUUACGUUCUGCUGUUUUCUACAACUGAUGAAAACAGUAGCUGGUAUAUCGAUGACAACAUUAAAACGUAUACUGAAUCUGGCCAAGUUAACAGCAGUGAUCCUGGCUUCCAGGAGAGCAAUCGCAUGAGCUCGAUAAACGGAUACAUGUAUGGAAAUCUGCCGAAUCUCACCAUGUGUGCAGAGGACAAGGUCAAGUGGUAUUUUGUUGGCAUGGGCGAUGGGUCUGACAUGCACCCCAUCUCUCUCCAUGGACAAACGCUCAUCUCUCAGAAUCACAGGAAGGACACCAUUACUGUCUUCCCCGCCUCACUGAUAGAUGCCUUCAUGGUGGCCAAGGGUCCUGGAGAGUGGAUGCUGGACUGCCAGGUACAUGAGGCUAUGCAGGCCUUUUUCAGUGUAAGAAAUUGCCAAAAACCUUCGACAGAUCUUACUGGGACGCGUGUUGUCCGUUACUAUAUUGCUGCUGAAGAAAUUUCUUGGAACUAUGCUCCGUCUGGCAUAGAUUUCUUCACUAAAAAAAAUUUAACUGCUGCUGGAAGUGAAUCCCAGCCAUAUUUUGAACAAAGCCCAACCAGAAUUGGAGGAACUUACAAAAAACUAGUUUACCGUGAAUACACAGCUGCUUCCUUCCGAACACAGAAGGCAAGAGCAGAGCACCUGGGAAUUCUUGGGCCUGUCAUUAAGGCAGAGGUGGGACAGAUCAUCGAGGUCACUUUCUAUAACAACGCUUCCCUGCCGCUCAGCAUUCAUCCUCACGGCCUGCGUUACAACAAGAGCAACGAGGGCUCAUUCUACAGAACACCUGGAGGGGGUGCCCCUCCACCCUCCUCACAUGUAAAUCCUGGUACAACCUUUGUCUACACCUGGGAAGUUCCAAGAGAUGUGGGUCCUACCUCCACGGAUCCCAACUGCCUGACCUGGUUAUACUACUCCUCAGUAAAUGGGACAAGAGACACCCACAGCGGCCUUGUGGGGCCUCUCCUCGUGUGCAGAAAUGGAAGUCUUGGAGACGAGGGCAAACAGAAAGGAAUAGACAAAGAGUUUUACCUGUUGGCCACAAUAUUUGAUGAAAAUGAAAGUUUCCUCUUGGAUAAGAAUAUCAGAGCAUUUACCACAGAACCUGAAAAUGUGGAUAAAGAGGAUCCAGGCUUCCAAAACUCUAACAUGAUGUACACCCUAAAUGGAUACAUGUAUGGAAAUCUGCCCGGACUGGACAUGUGCUUAGGGGACAACGUUUCAUGGCACGUCCUCAGCGUGGGAUCAGUGAGUGACCUACAUGGGAUCUAUUUCUCAGGAAAUACCUUCACUUCCUUAGGAGCAAGGGAGGACACGUUAGCUGUGUUUCCCCACACCUCCCAGACGCUUCUUAUGACACCUGAUUCCACAGGGAUUUUUGAUGUGGUUUGUAUGACAGCAGAGCACUAUACAGGAGGCAUGAAGGAUAAAUACCGAGUGAGGGAGUGUUUGGAGCCCAGCCCUGAUCAAACACAGUACCAGGAAGAGAAGACUAUUUACAUUGCGGCCGAGGAAAUUGUGUGGGAUUAUUCUCCGAGCAGGAAGUGGGAGAAGGAACUGCAUCGUUUACAAGGAGAGAACAAAACAAACAUAUAUUUGGAUAGAAUUGGGAUGUUUCUCGGGUCCAAAUACAAGAAAGUCGUAUACCGUCAAUAUGAUGACAUCACAUUCACAAAUCAAACAAAAAGAAAUGAAGAUGAAAAACAUCUGGAUAUGCUAGGUCCUUUAAUAUUUCUCAACCCUGGUCAAAAACUCCAAAUUAUCUUUAAAAAUAACGCCUCAAGACCAUAUUCUAUUCAUGCUCAUGGAGUGAAAACCAACUCUUCCACCGUUGCUCCAACACAGCCAGGAGAGAUCCAAACAUACGUUUGGCAGGUUCCUGAAAGAACUGGUCCCACCUCAAAGGACUUUGAGUGCAUACCUUGGUUUUACUAUUCAACUGUGGAUGUGGUUAAGGAUCUUAACAGCGGACUGAUUGGCCCUUUGAUCGUAUGUCGCAGAGACGCCAAAGCCAGCAUAGUGCACCGUGUUCUCCACUUCAAGACCUUUGAUGAGAACGAAUCCUGGUACUUUGAAGAAAAUAUCAAUACCUAUGCUCUAGACCCGAGCCAAGUAGACAGGAAUGAUGACAGUUUUUUCUUCAGCAACCUCAUGCACGCAAUUAACGGAAGACUGUUUGGAAAUAACCAGGGCCUGACGUUGCACGUUGGGGAUGAAGUGAACUGGUAUCUGAUCGGCAUGGGGAGUGGAUUUGACCUGCACACAGUUCACUUCCAUGGCCACAGCUUUGACUACACGGAUUCCGGAAUAUACCGCUCUGACGUUUAUGACCUUCCUCCUGGGGUCUAUAAAACUGUAAAAAUGUAUCCAAGAGAUGUUGGAACCUGGUUAUUUCAUUGCCAUGUUGGCCUUCACAUUGAGGGUGGGAUGGAAAGCACUUACACUGUGAUCAAAUGAAAAGGUCUCCCUGACAUGAACGUUGACAAGUCCGUGAGCUGAAGCUGCUGAACAAGAAAAACUCAUGCAGGAACCUAGGAGGGGCUGGUUAAAGACUUUCACUGCAAUGGGCCAGGAAAACCAGCUUGAAAUAAAAGUUUCCUUGGUAAAUUUUUUGUUUGAGCUGCCUCCUCUUUCUGUAAACUGUCACUGGAGUAGAGCCUGGAGUGGUGUGACAGGGCUUUUCACAAAUGGCAGUGGAGGUAGGCAAAAGGGACAAAGAGAGCAGGUGCAAACUGAAGUCCAGCCCAGUUAGAAAAAGAAUAUAUACAAUCCAAGACUUUACCCUAAACUGCCACAUUUGCAAAGAUUAAAAAGAUGCACUUCCCAUAACAUGAGUAAAUACAUGAAUAAAUCCUUAAAAUGCAAAUCCACAUACUAUCCUGUGCAUUAGGCUUGGAAGACUGCAGGUUAGAGAAGGUAUAGGUGCCAGUUUUCUGGAACCAAAAAUAAAGACUCAUGUUCUGACUUUGUGUCUAGCAAUAUUAACACUUGGGAUAUGUACUGCUACAAGUAACAGAAAACCCAGCUAAGAGGAGAUUAUCAAUGGUGUUUGUCUCCAAUCUUAAAAAAAGUUAGGAGGUAGGUGGCUGCUAGAGUUGGCUCAGCAGCCUGAUGAUGUGAGGGCCAGUGUCUUUAAUGCCAUUGGCCUUUCCCUCAUGACUGUUGCCUCAUGGUUGCAAAGUGGUUGCCACAGCUCCAAAUAUUACAUCCAGGUUGAAGACAGAGAAGAAGGAAAAAGGAAUAGCACUAACCACAUCUUCUCCUUUUAUCAGAAAAGCAAAAAGUCUUCUGAGGAGCCCCAGCCAACUUCUGCGUGUCUCAUUGGUCAAACCCCUAUUAUCUGGCUAGUCCUAACAGCAAGGAAGGCUGGAAAGGAGGCUUUGUAGCCUCUAUAGUGGAAAUAACAGAGAAAAGGGCUUAGAGACAUCCCAUGGGUUGGCUAACAGUCUCUGCCUUGGACAAGAGGUAAUAUUUGAAAUCAGGAACUGCUUAAACAAAAGGAUCCAAUGUAAGAAUUGAAACCAGUAAGACUUUUCAUUCUUUUUACCUUUUAACUUCUUAAUUUCAUAAGCAUGAAUAUGAAUACAUGAAUUUGUCAAUACACGAAUACCUGGUAUUCAUGGAAAUCUCUGACAUAUCAUUUCAUCCAAGAUACUCAAAUAUGUGUUUCCAGAAGAGGACUUUUAAAAAUUAAUAGACUAAAAAUACUGUUAUAACAUCAGACAAAAUUAACAAUACUGUUUCACUCUUUGA